CAAUUAUUAAACUCGAUAUUUGCUUUGCACGAAGUCAUACUCCAUUCUUACGAGAAGUGGAAGUUAGUUGGAAACAUUUAGAUGCGUAUAAUAACUAUCUAGGGAAGUUGUUCAGAUCCCAUCUGUUAAGAAGGCUCGGUAAGAGUCUCAGAGGAUUUGCUGAUAUAUAAACCUAUAGAAUAGUUACAUGAUCGUCGACAGAAUAUUCGAUCAAUAUAAUGUACAAUGUGAACAUUUCAAUAGAACUGCACCCCACCGGGGUGAGUUCUACUGGAGUAAUGGGAUUCCAUAUAAUCCGCAUCAUAAUAGCGCAUUGUAUCGAUUUAAAAGGUCUUUUAUUUCCCCCUGCCAAUUGCCGGACUCCAUGGCCACCACACGAGCGGUCUUGCCAUCAUCUGUCUUCUCACCCCGUGCAAAAGUCGGGUGUUUCAACACGGCUUUCAAUAGGCUUGGAUCACCCAGCUUCGCCGCAUAGUGCACUGCAGCCCAUCCGUCCUGACCCACAAUGUCACCGACGUCAUCAAGCUCUAGGAGGAUCAUCGCGCAGUCAAUACUUUCAUGGCGCAGUGCCUCAAUGAGCGCCGUGUUCCCGUCGUAAUUCUUCCCUGUCAGGAUUAAUUUCUUGUCGCGUGGAGGUUGCAACAAGCUUUCCAACGAAUCACUCUCCCCUUGAAUACAUAUAUGGUGGAUCAAGUUAUUCCCAGAAUUGUCUAACAAAUCCAGCUUUGCGCCAUGUCGAAUCAGACACUUCAUACACUCCAAAUCAUCUAGGAAAUCAAAUAUGGGCGGCCUGCCAUCCUCAUCUUGCGCAUUAAUGUCCAACUUUGGUAUAAGGCUUGUCUCGCAGAAUAGCGCCAGCGUUUCACACCUCUUCUCCCCCCGAUCUGAAAGGCCGGCAUAAUGCAGCGCAACUUGAUGAUUCUCCUGCCUUACAUUCGGAUCUGCCCCCGCGUCAAGGAGGAGUUUUACGCAGCCCACCAAACACCCCUGCGCAGCCAUCAUAAGUGGUGACUCCCCCCAGACGUUGCUUUGAUCGAUAUUCAACAAAUCCGGAUACCGUUUACAUAUCUCUAGCGCAUAGCUCAAGCUUUCCAAUGCAUUUGACUCUACAGCAGCGUGUAAAAUGUUUGCGUUCAAGUUCGACUUGAUAAACGGAUCCGCGCCGGUAUUCACCAAAAUCUUCAUUUUAUCCGCUUGGCCCGUGGCACUAGCCCAAUGAAGUGGCGUCCAGUGGAAUUUCCGAUCUUUUUGAUCGACUAGGUUCUGUAUGAUUUUGCCUGUAUCUGGGUUUUCCGCCGCCGAAACCCGGAACUGCUCGAUGAUGGUGACGAAAAGUGGAGAUCUUUUUUGGUAUUUUGAUUUCCAGUGGGACCAAUUUGUGCCCUGAGGGGCGUUGUUGGCAUGGUCCACGAAGUCAAUGAGUUCUUCGAGUGUGGGGCGUUCGGAGUCCUCUGGAUCGUAGAGAUCCAGGACAGCAAUGUGGAUCGGGGUGAACUCAUAGUCGUCGAUGUAGUCGUCUUGUUUAGAGAAAACUUGGACGAUGUCCUUUUCUGUUUGGGUAGCAUCGGCUCCCUGGGAUUUCAGAAACGCGAAGUCGACGGGUUUUCUAAAAAGUAAAUAAAUGGUUAGAUCUGGAUAGAGGCGAUAUUGAAGCUCCCAAAGUCGGGUUGAAGAGUGUGCAGACCGUGCUCCAAGAUCCGAUACUUCAGUCUCCGCACCUAGUUCAACAAGAUACUGUACGGUUGGCAAUUGUCUCGCGUACGCUGCAGUCUAGAAACAAUCAGCACAGCAGGUGUCAGCAAUAUGGCAACCACUAACCCCUGAUAAUAAUAGUAAAAAACCAAUAUUGAAAUGCGAGAAAACAUACAUGCAACAAGGACCAUCCAUCCGGCGCCGUAUCCCAAGGCGUUGCCUCCCCUGAUUGAAUUGCUAAUUUCAACUUCUCCAGAUUCCCACGUUUAACGUACCGCAUGGCGUUGGAUCCCUCCGGCACCAUACGAUAAGUAUUUAGUCGAUAUCGAACCUGGAUACUACUAGUUGACAUCAUAUUCGCCAUGGCCUUUUUAAAGAAAGAAACCGGGAUGGACUUUUCCUGUGACGUUGUGGCUGCACAGCUUGGAUCUGAGCACUCAACCUUAGGCUUGCUGUUCUCUCGAAAUACCCGCACGUUAAGCCGUGAAGACCGCGCCUUGGGUUCACCGGUGGUCGAAUCAUCAUGACAUUUGCAGUAGCAAUCAUGUCGGCAUGCGCGACGAAUGACCAGUGAGCUCGUUGAUCGGAGGUCUACUAAAUUGCUUGAUUGGGAUGGGGUAUCACUACCUCGCCUGUCCCUCCGGCCUGGUACUGAUAGUUUAUUAUCAAACGAGGUAGAGGUUAUGGAAGUAUUUCUUGAAUCUAUCGAGCUCCGCGAUGAUGGUGUUGAUGAUCCGAGAGAUAGAGUUGUGAUGGAGGAUGAGUUCGAGGAUGGAUACCUCGAAAUUAAGGGUAACGCUGAUUCCGACGCAUCCUCGAGGAAUUGAGGUUCGCUUGCCAUCUCCUCAACGGCUGUCGAACAUGCUUCUAGGAGUUGGGGGUGUUGAUUGCAAACAGCAAGGAACGUCUCCCUGUACGGCUUUAGCACUCAGAUAAAUCAAGGGGGAGUUUGGUACUACGAACAAAUGCGCCAGUGAUAUAAAACUAUGCAAUUGCGCACAUUGGUUCUUGAACUGCUUGUCAAGCGCUUCAAACUGCGACUUAUGCUGGACGAAUCUAACUCGACGGAAACUCGAGUUUUCAGUCUUAUACACCUGCGUUAAACGCUUCUCAAGAUCUUUGAUGGUUGCAAAUCCAUCAUUAAUAGCCGUUCGAAGGAUCUUCUCGGAGAUGUUGUGCUUUGUUUGACGGCUACGUAGGACACGAUCAAACCCUCUCAGUGCCUCCUCGAAUAUCUCAAGGUUGUGUACGAGUUCAGAUAGGUCUCUUGAGUGGCAACGGAUGCAAGCAACCCGAUGGCGGAUACAGGAUCCAUUAUGGGCUCUACUAUCGGAUGGAUCUAGUCGAACGUUCGUAGUGGAAAUUCAUCUCUAUGCUCUAAGCUCUAAACGGUCCGAUGUAUUAGAAAUACAAAAUGUGAGGAUGUGUUUUUUUUUAGUGACGACGUUUCGCUACGGGGUUGUUCAUCAGGAUAGAAGAUCAGGCUUCGACCAGACAAAACUAUUUAUGAGGCUGAGAAAAGCGGUCAUCGAGGACCCCUCUCUCCCCACGCUCCUUGCCGAUUCCUCACCUGGCUCAACAGACUGUCCAGAGGCGCUCACGCUAAUUCGAGCCUUGUCUUCUGCCAGUCAAUAUCUCGCUCGUAGUAUCGAUUGGUACACAUGCUCGAAGAGAUAACAACCCGUGUCCCCGCUGGCAUACAAGCAGCCAAGUUUGGGGGCCAUGUCUGUGGUAAGCGCCUGGGUUGGUUCUUCCCAAGACGACAUCAUAGCACUGAAAACACCCAAAUACCCAGUAAAAUAGAGGCUACCAGUGCAGUGCAGUGCGCGAUGCGAUGCUGAGCCCUUGGGGCGAUUGCGGCAGGGAUGCCGAGUCGCUGUCAGUCAAUGAUGGAUGCACCCCAGCCCACUGCCAAGGAGCGGGGCGAAAAAAAUGAGAAUCACCUUUCGUGGCACGCUCCGCGGGGGGGGGGGGGGAAGAGAUAGAGAUAUUUAGAAUGACGAUUGGUUAAGCGAGGUGCCGCCUCAGCCAUAUCAAAGAUAGAGUUGUGAAUCCCUGGCACUCCUUGAGUGUAGAGUGUUUGAACAUGAUUAUCACUAUUUAUCUCCGUCGACUUUGAUACCAGCUCUGUAAAGAACAGGCCCCCCCAUCGUUAGACUAGUCUACUCCGCGAGCAUGGCACCAAUGCAUGAUACUGUUCUGCCAGAUGCGCGGUCUCCAUCUCUCUACCUCGACCACCCGACCGAUGCAGAAAACAAAGCGAUUUGGACUCUCACCUCAAGUGAAUGGAAAGAUGCUCUCCCCGUGGAUAUCUACCUUGAGGAAUCACUGUAUCUCAUGACAGUCCCUUUAGCGAAAGAUGGGGGAAUGACCCAAUGGGUGCUGGUGGAUAGGGCCCUCCCGCGAGAGCAAAGGCCCCUCCUGGCUUCCUGCGAAACUUUCCGUAAACGCUCAUGGGUCAGCGAUAAACAUGGCAAUGUAGCCGAGUUCAUCACCCACGGCGUCGCCAGUGUCUAUUGUGACCCUCGAUAUCGCGGUCGGGGCUAUGCCUCACGACUGAUGAAGGAGCUGGCUAAGGUGCUACCAAGAUGGCAAACGACCAGAGCCAAUCAAUGUAUCGCCAGUGUCCUAUUUUCAGAUAUCGGGAAGCAAUUCUAUACAAAUCUCAAAUGGCAUGCCUUCCCAAGCUUUCAUGUCGAGUUCCCUCCUUCACUGGAGGCACCAGCAGCAGGACGGAGAUCGUCAGCUGCGACACCGUUGUUCGCAAGGGACCUUGCGAAGCUCUGCAAACAGGAUGAGGCACUUGCUCUGAAAGCAAUGGCUGCACCAUGCCCGUCCACUGAGAAAAUACGCUUCAUGAUCGUACCGGAUCACGAUCACAUGCUCUGGCACCAUACCAAAGAAGAGUUUGCCGCUGAGGUUCUCUUCAAGUCACAGCCACAGGUCAAAGGUGCCAUCGCUGGAGAGCUUGGGAAUCGUAUAUGGGCGAUCUGGACGCACCGGUUCUAUGACCCUCCCAAGGACGCAAACUCCAACAAUACUCUCUACAUCCUGCGGCUUGUUAUUGAAAACCAAGGUGCUCUAGAUAGCUUCUCGGUGGAGUAUGAUUUACAAGUGGCGGGACUAAGAGCUGUGAUUUUUGCUGCGCAGAGGGAGGCUGCAGAGUGGGGUUUACACCAUGUUAAUUUAUGGGGACCGUCUGCUCAGGUACAAGAGCUGAUCAAGCGAACGGGAGUCGCGCAUAGAGAGGAAGACCGUGAAGAAGAAGGUAUAUGCUGUCUGCAGUGGUACGGAGAGGGGGACGGUACAGGGGAUUCAUUAGAAUGGGUUGGCAAUGAGAAGUACGGAUGGUGUUGAUCAGGAUUGAAUUUAGAAUCUAUAGCAGUGCGCGACCCUUUUUAUUUUUUAUUUUAUUUUAUUUUAUUUUAUUUUAUUUUUUUGAGAAAUAUCUAGAUCUAUCUAAAACAAUUCACCAUCGCGUGUAUAUGUAGCAUUGUAUAUGUUUCAAUCUGUCUUGGGAAUCUUCGUCGCUCG